AUGUCUGGACCACUAGAUCGAUUUGCGAGACCUUGCUUUGAGGGGUCAUCAGGCAAUGAUGAAAGAUCAGACAGAAGAGAACAUGAAAGAUCAGACAGAAGAGAACGAAGAUCUGAUUUUGAAAAUUCUGAAGAUGAAAGAAGGACAAGAAUCAGUUCUUUGAAAAAGAAAGCACUUAAUGCAUCUAGCAAGUUCAAACAUUCUCUCAAGAAAAAAAGCAGUAGAAGAAAGAGCGACUGUAGAGUCAGCUCAGUUUCCAUUGAAGACAUCCGAGACGCUGAAGAACUACGAGCUGUCGAUGCUUUUCGACAAUCACUCGUUUUAGAUGAAUUACUUCCACAAAAACUUGAUGAUUAUCAUAUGAUGUUAAGGUUUUUAAAAGCUAGAAAAUUCGAUAUCGAGAAAGCAAAGCAUAUGUGGGCUGAUAUGAUUCAGUGGAGAAAGGAAUUCGGUACUGACACAAUCAUUGAGGAAUUUGAAUUUAAAGAGUUGGAUGAAGUUAUGAAGUAUUACCCACAUGGUAAUCAUGGAGUUGACAAAGAGGGAAGGCCUGUUUACAUUGAAAGAUUGGGGAAAGUUGACCCUAACAAGCUUAUGCAAGUUACAAGCAUGGAUCGUUACAUAAAGUAUCAUGUACGUGAGUUUGAAAAAAGCUUUGCUUUUAAGUUUCCAGCUUGUUCAAUUGCUGCAAAAAGACACAUAGAUUCAAGCACAACAAUCUUGGAUGUUCAAGGCGUGGGUUUAAAAAACUUCACCAAGAGUGCUAGAGAGCUCAUAAUGCGACUCCAGAAAAUUGAUGGUGACAAUUACCCUGAAACACUUCAUCAAAUGUUCAUUAUCAAUGCGGGUCCCGGUUUUAGAUUGCUUUGGAAUACUGUAAAGUCAUUUCUGGAUCCCAAAACAACUUCAAAGAUUCAUGUUCUUGGAUGCAAAUACCAGAAUAAAUUGCUUGAGAUUAUUGAUUCCAGUGAAUUGCCGGAAUUUUUGGGUGGCACGUGUACUUGUGCAGAUCAAGGGGGUUGUCUUUUAUCUGAUAAAGGGCCAUGGAAGAAUCCUGAAAUCAUGAAGUUGGCUCUUAAUAGUGAAGCAAGACGUGCAAGACAGGUGGUUAAAGUCUUAAACAGCGAAGGAAAAAUUGUUGCUUAUGCUAAACCUCAGUUACCCAUGCUAAGAAGCAGUGAUACAUCAACAGCUGAAUCAGGAUCAGAAGCUGAUGAUAUUGCAUCCCCGAAAGCAAUAAUGAAUUAUUCUCAUCUUAGGUUGACUCCUGUUCGUGAAGAAUCUAAGGUAAUUGGAGGGACAAGUUAUGCUGGUCAAUUUCCUGGAUAUGAUGAGUAUGUUCCCAUGGUUGAUAAAGCUGUUGAUUCUGUAUUGAAGAAACAAGCAUCAAUGCCAAAGCCAUCUGUUACAAGAGGGGUAGCUCUGGAAUUUGGUGCUGAAAGGGCACCCAAAAGCGAAAGACUUGAUGGUCGAGUGUUGGCAUUUGUUAUGGCUUUGUUGAUGACCCUUUUCACAGUCUUCCAUACAACAGUCAACCGUGUGACUAAAAAGGUUUCAUCCCAAAACAACACAGAGGAGUUGGCAUUGCCACCCAUUAAAGAAGAAGCUGUUCCCUCUGUAGUAGAGGCAGAAGUUGUUUCUUCUGUUAUGAAAAGAUUAGGUGAACUUGAAGAUAAAGUUGACACUCUCAAUGCAAAGCCAUCUGAGAUGCCUUAUGAGAAAGAAGAACUGCUAAAUGCUGCUGUUUGUCGCGUUGAUGCCUUGGAAGCUGAACUCAUUGCUACCAAAAAGGCACUUCAUGAAGCUCUCAUGAGGCAAGAAGAGUUGCUUGCUUACAUUGAUGGCCAAGAGGAGAAAAAAUUCAGGAAGAAGAAGAUGUCUUGCUGGUGAAGAAGUUGCUACACUGAGGAUAACCCCCUGACUCUUUUCUUUUUUUAGUAAUUGUUGCUAUAUGAAUGUGUGUGUGUGUGCGAGGUUUGCUGUGUUAAUACUGAGUUUUUACUAUGGGAAUGAUACCAAAGUUUACAUGAUGGAUGAUUUGUUUGUUUGAAAAGAGGUUUGUUUUUAAGGAUGCAUAUACUAUAAUAUGAUUAGUGCUUGUGCUUGUGUUUGGUUUUG